GAGUGUCAGCGAGCGAAUCGGCUGUUGCGCGGGAGAAGCGAGAGCGGGCAGAGCAGCAGAAGAGGAGAUAGAAAGAAAGAGAUAAAUAUAUAUAUACGGAUGUGCGCCUCUCGCUGCUCGGGAAACGGGAAAACGUCGGCGAUUAGUUGCCAGUUGAUGUGUAUGGCGUGUCUUACUCGUGGAUGAUUUGAAGAGUUUUUGGUCGCGAGAAGAGGUUCGUGUCAGAUUUAAUCGGCAUUAAACGGAGGCUCCUGAAAGCAAGUGACGGCAAUCAAGAUUACCGUGUUCGUCGUCGUCCAACACGCGCUAGCGGCUUUGACGGCGACGACGACGGUGGUGACCGUGGCCGAGCGGAAUUUCAUUACUCGAAGGAGAGAAGAUUCGGAUUCGCCGUCGAUUGCGACAUAUGGCAGUGGAAUCGUCCCCGCCUACGAGGUCGUAUUUGUUUACCUGUUGUCAAUUCGAUUUGGUCAAUCUCAGGGCCUUUAUUCAAGCGACAGUUUUGUAUUGCUCUUAUACGGCGCACAAAAGCCUGCAUUGUCUACAGGUACACAUAGACUGUAAUUUGUCACUUUUAGUGUAUUUUUCUGCUCAUCGAAGUGAAAUUUAAGAAUAAUUAGGUAAUUUAAUGGACGUUAAAUAUCAGUAUAUUUCGUAGACAACAGAAAAGAUUACGAGACAAAUAAAGAUAUUAUGAAAGACUUAGAACUAAUUUAAGACUUUCCCUAUAUUUUUACUGCAUCUAGGGUCGAUUGUUUCAACUUCUUGGUAAACUUACCUAGCAGAUAAAUAUGAGACAAAUGAAAUGAAGAUAGACACAUGCUUACUUGGUAGAUAAGUUUACCAAGAAGUUGGAACAACUGACCCCUAGUCAUAAAUUUCUGCCUAUUACUCUCACUUACAUUUUGAUUAGGAAUAAUAAUCUAUAGAAUCUUAAACUUUCUCAAUAACCUACUAACUCACCUUACUCCAAUAGGAACCCCAUUUAUUCUUAUAUCAUUUAUAGUCAAUAUUGAAUCUAUCAGCCUAAUUGUCUGACCUAUUACCCUGGCUAUUUGCCUAACAGCAAAUAUAAUCGUAGAACACUUACUUCUAUCUAGAAUGAUGUUAGUCAUUUAAAAAUAUAUCUCUUGUGUUUUUUUUCCACCUUUCUCUUAUCUAUAAAGAGAGAAAGUGGUUGUAGAGUUCUUUUUAGAAGAAAAAAUUUGACAUAUAUAUCAUCGAUUAGCAUAUAUUUAAAUAUAUUUAAAUACCUGAGUUCUCUACCUGAGUUCUCUUUUAUAAGAAAGAAUUAUUAUGGAUCAAGACGAAGUUGUAAAGAAUUUACGUUCUUGUUUGAUAUCAUGCAAGGGUGGUAUCAAGUUAGAAAACUUAAGAGCGGACUAUAGUAUGGUAGCAGGAGAACCAUUACCUUUUAAACAAUUCGGAUAUGCCUCUGUUGAAGCCUUUAUACGUAACAUCCCAGAUGUUACACUAACUAAAAAAAAUGGAGAACUGUAUGUGGAAGCCUUACCCUCCAAAACAACAGCGCAUCUUACAAAAUUAGUUUCACGACAGAAGACACGACGAAAAAUACGACCACAACCAAAAAAAUGGACACCACCUCGGCAUACAAAAAAUUUUUCAUCUGGUUAUAAAAGUAAUAAUCUGAGCAGUGGCUUUCAGUCUACCAGAAAUAAUUAUGUUAGUUCUUCCAAUUCCUUUACUAAAUCCACCCCUGGCAAAACUAACUUGUAUACAGAUUUCUGCAGGUACUUACCUAAACCUGUACCUCUUAUGGAAGCUAUAGUACAGCGUCCAUUAUUAUGCAAUAACACGACACUGAGCUUCCCGCCGACUACACUACCAAGCACCCCUACUAAAAGACUGAAUGAUAAAGUGACAAGUUCCAUUAUAGGGACUAUAAACCAAAGUGUUAAUAAUAAUAAGACUAUUGAAAAUUUAAGAUUAAAAGUAUUAAAUGACAAUAUAGCAGCUUCGUCUGUGAUAAAUCAAAAACCAAAGACUGUAGAGUUGAAAACUUCAAAACUAAGUGAAAGGCUCAAAAUUACUCCUCCUGUAACGCCUUUAUUACCGACUAAUAACUACGACAGUGGUUCAACUACACCUGCCCCAUCCAUUUUUGAUACACAGUCGGUUGCACCAUCAUUCGAGGUUCCCGAUCCUCGGAAAGAGUUGGAGAUUCGUGCCAACAUGUUAAAUUUACCAUCACCAAUUUAUAAAAUGUAUUCAAAAAAAGAGAAACAUUCUGCUAAGAUCACCAUUUAUGCCAGCGUGAAAGUUGGCAUACAUACAUUCCAUACAUUCCCGGAGGACGCGAUGACUGAAGAGGAAGCCGAGAAAAUUGCAGCACGUUUGGCUUUGGUAAAUCUUGCUAAGGAAUCGUCGAGCCCCGAGGUGACGACUGCCGACGCGGAAUUGAUGAAAAAACGCAUUUUAAACAUUAUAACAAGACAUCAUGGUGGGGUCUUCAUGCAUUUACUACCCGAAUGUUACAACGAACAAUAUGGAGAGGCUUUGCCCUACAAUUGGCAAACGAUCAUUGGAGAAUAUACAGAUAUUAAUCAGGAGAAAGGUGUCGGGAAUUCCACAAUACUUUGUCUAACCUCUCCAACUUCGAAACGAUCGGAAAGUAACUCCGUGUCAUUCCGAGUCUCAGAGAAUGCCUUACCGUCUAACAAGAAGAUACAAUUAAGUCCGAUUGGAUCUGCCACACCUGACAUAUUGCCAGUACCCGAUGCGGCUAUUUGGCUAGUGUGUGCCACUUGCGUUGUAAAUACUGUCGAAAUUUGGGUUCGGCUUUACGAUCAAAAUAACGAAUUUGUUGAUAUGACAAACGAAAUGAUGAGGUAUUAUGAUCAAAUGAACGAACGCAUCUCGCCAGUGACAUGCGUGCGUAAUAAUUUCUAUGCUGUUUUGGAGGAAAACUAUUGGCAUAGAGUUCAAUGUAUAGAUUUUAAUGACGAAACGGGAAUCGCCACUGUUUUCUUUAUCGACGAGGGAAUUGUGGAACAAUAUAAACUUGACGUUCUACAUCCUUUGGACAAGAAAUUCUGCAUUCUUCCAUGUCAAGCCAUCAGAGUAGGUCUUUACGGAUUGAAGGACUUCCGCGAUUGCGAUCAAAUAGUGCCAGAGAUCGAAAAUCAUCUGUUGGUUGAUCAAGUAUUUAAUGUGAGAGUACAUGGUAGAGAGGCCGAUGAAUAUGGCUCGUACGUAACGGUGACUUUUUAUGACACUAGCAAAGAUGACGAAGAUGUUGAUAUGAAUCAAAUACUAAUCGACAAAAUUUUGGAGAAUAUGGCUAACGCGUGCAAAAUGCGUCCAGGACAAUUAACCGAAUUGUAUGUUACGCACAUAGACGAAUAUGGUAAAAUUUUUGCUCAGUUAAAUUCGUUUACUAAAAUUAUAUUGAAUAGUAUGCAAAUGUCUGCGACUAAUGCGACGUUAGUGAAAGCUAUUGCUUUCACGAAAACAUAUCUUGUGAAGUGGAAUUCACAAUGGUACAGGGCGAGAGUGACCGAUAUUCCUAAUGAACAGAAAGUAGCAGUAUUUCUAAUUGACGUCGGUCGAAAAAUUUUGGUAUCAAGAGACCAACUAUUUCAAAUGGAUAGAGUCUCAAAUGUUCUGCAGUGCAUUCCUCCUCAGGCGAUGCAGAUCUUUUUGCACAGCAUUGAUCAGUCGAUGUAUAAUAAGAGGCUUGAGACAAGAUUUCGUGAAUUAGUCUUGGAUACAGAUUUGCUUUUAGCGAAAGUCAUAAGGAUUAGCACGUCUGGAAUUCCAGUGGUGGAAAUUUUUAAAAGAGUCGGACCAAGUAACAUGUUGGCUUCAAUAAAUACAUCAUUGAUUUAUGAAGGCGAACUCUCGAAAAUCAAUGAAGACGGGAACAAUAAUAACAAGUCUAAGAAACGUUUGGAUCGCAUGAAUUCUCGCGCUUCAGAACCUGUUGGAAAAUUGAAUCCACCCGUAAUUUCGGAUAUUGGCCAAUACUUUGAUGUCCAUGUCGCAUUGGUCGCGCAUCCAGGACACUUUAUUGUGCAACCGUUAAAUGAUGCUGAUGAAUUAAAAGCAAUGAUGAUCGAUUUGCAAGAUUGCUAUGAGACGAAUGAUAAUCCACCUUUAGAGUAUGUCAGUGAAGGCAAACUCUACGCAGGAAAAUUGCAAAAUGAGUGGUACAGAGUAUACGUUACUAACAUUAUCAAUGACAAUGAUGUAUCUGUGUACUUCUGCGACUAUGGCGACGUGACGAUAAUAUCCCGCACCAAUUUGCAGCCGUUGAAGAGCAAAUUUUUAAAAUUACCGUAUCAGGCGGUAAAGGCUAAACUUGUCGGAAUAGAGCCGAUAAAUGUUGACUGGACAGUGACCGAUUGCGUCAAAUUUAAGGAAUUAGUGCUCGAAAAAAACUUUGUCUCUGUAAUCAUCGAAUCAAUGUUUGACGAUCUCUCACCAGUUAAUGGUACUAUGUUGGGAUUACGAUUGAUUGACGUCAGCACAGAUAAGGACAUUUAUAUUGAUAAACUAUUGGUAGACGAGAGGCGUGCCAAAUAUAUUGAUGGAUUUGAAGGGCUUCCUUCUUAGCUCGUUACAUUAGUCGGCAAGCAGAAAUAUUUAUUUUCUGUACGAUAUUGUUAUCCUUCUAUGACGCCAUAAUAAUGGAUUGCUCAUGUGCGAUAUGCACAAAUCUGUCGUACAAGGAUAACGCAUGAAUUGUUUCUAAGAUUUUAUUUUUUUCUCCCGGCCAAAAGCAUGGCGAUGCAUUGGCCGCGCACAUGAGCUUUACAAAGAUAUAAAAAAUGAUUAUUUUAGUCUUAUGUCAAUUAAAUUUAUUUUUAAUUGUUAUUAAAAAAUUUUCUGUUUCUUAAAUAUAAAGAUAUACGAACAAGAUUACACGCACAUGGCACAAACUUGUCAAAGUUUUUUCAUUUAAAGGCUUGUUUGCGAUUAUUAUAUUUGGAUUACGAUAGUCUUUUUUUUUAACGUUUAUCAUUAUUAUUAAUUAUACUUUUGUUAUCCCACAUAGACAGAGAUGUAAUUACUAUUAAACUUAUAACGAAAUGCAGUUUAUUUAUGAACAAGUUUUAUUAUAAUUUUGUUAUAUUUUUUUAAAGACAUUGAUUUUAUAUGUCGAGUAUUAUUCAACGACUAUUAUUCAAUUAUAUUGUUCAACUUUGCAGGGUUAAUUCAUGAUAUUAAACGAAACAGUAUGAUUGUUUAACGACAAAAGAUUGGCUGUGUAACAUAUUAAUUAAGUAACAGCAUUCCAUAUAUAUAUAAAUAAAAAAUAAAUACAUGUAUAGUUUCUAUAUAUAUACAUUGAUACAUAUAAAAUACACACACACACAAAAUAUAUUGAAUAUGACACGAUUAGUCGCUUCUAAUACGUGAUCUGACCUCUUGAAUUGGAAUAAUUUGUUUACUUUUUUGUCAUAUAUUGUAAGCGUGUUAUUAGAAAUUCUCAUGUGGUUUAUUUGUAAUGAAUUUUUAUUUUUCUAUUGAUGUGCAACUAAAGUUACGAUGUAUAAAAUAAAGUUUAUGUACAAUAA